AUGAUAAUUAUGGAAUGUAGUAUAUGCUUUGAUAGGUUUGAAUCAAAUAAGGAUUCAGUAGUUCUAUUAGCCAAGAUCAUACCAUGUGAUCACAAAUUCCAUUUACAAUGCAUUAGAGAAUGGCAAUUACAAUUAAUGAAAGAUAUGGAGACGAUUACACGAUCGUUAAGAUGUCCAAUAUGUCGCGGAGAAUACGUUAAAAUGGCACUUGAAUAUGCCAGCAGCUGUAGUACAUUAUCAACUGCUACCACAACUAAGAAACAGAUUGAAAUAGAUGUAUUGAACGGUUUUCAUGUAAAUAGUAUCACUGAAUGGUAUAAAACAGGUGAGCAGAUGGUUCAAGACUUAAAAAAGUAG